CUGUUUCUAGAAAGCUAACAAAUUGAUUACAUGCCAAUUUGCCGUUAACAAAUCGAAAUUGUGGUGUCAGAUCAAACGACAAAUUAUCAAAUUAUAAAUAAAAAACCCUAAUUUACAAUCAGAAAUCAUCCAGAAGAAGAAGAAGGGGGACUAAACGCCCACAAAAUUCCGGUGGAAUUUGGCCGGCUUCACCCAUCUUUGGCCGACCGAGUUUGACCGUCUUUCCACUCUCUUCUUCCUUCCUUCCUACCUAAAACUGUGGUCAAACAAUUUCUCUUGCUGGGUUGACCACAGAACCAGAGCUCUCCCCCCCACCUUCCCCUUCUUCAAAGGAACCUCCUUUAUCAUCUCCUUCCCACCCCUUAAUCCCCUGCAAGUUCCGUUUCUUCGGGCUGUCGAUUCGUCUGAGAUCGAAGUUAUGCCGUCUCUCGCAAGCUCUGUUCCUGCUCCAGCCAUGUCGGGUGGUUCAACUAGGUUUCAGCGGUCGAAGACGGAGUCAAACAUCGUCACUAUCGACGUCGGCGGCCAGAUGUUCCAGACGACCAAGCAAACCUUGGCCCUCGCCGGCCCCGAUUCCCUCCUCUCCGAGCUCGCCGGCUCAGACCCAUCUCAGCUCGCCCACCGUUUCAUCGACCGGGACCCCGAGCUGUUCUCCGUCCUCCUCUCCCUCCUCAGGACCGGCAACUUGCCCUCCAAAGCCAAGAGCUUUGACCUCCGGGACCUGAUCUCCGAGUCCGAGUUCUAUGGGGUCGAGUCCUUCCUGGUCAAUUCCCUCUCCAAUCCCUCCCAGUUCGAUGCCUUCAACCUCGAGAAGUCGCGGAUUUUGGAGCUGAACGGCCGGGAUCUUCCCUCCACGAUCGCUGCCGCUCCAUCCGGGUCCCUUCACGUUGUGCACGGCAGCAAAAUCACCUCUUUCGAUUGGUCAUUGAGGAAGAAGUCGACUAUCUUGACCCAAUUCCCGGCCAUCGAUUCACUGCUGGAGAUCUCCCCGAGAAUAGUCGCUGCUGGUGCGACCGAUUUUCCGGGGCUGCAGAUUCUCGAGCUCCAGAAGGGGGCUGUGAGAGCUUCCCUGAACUGGGAAAACGCGACGAAGUCCGCCUCAACGGUUCAGGCGAUUGGCUCGUCUGGUGAUCACUUGUUCACUAGCUUCGAGUCGAGUAGGCGAAACUCGAAUUGCAUAAUGGUAUAUGAUCAGCAGAGCUUGAGGCCAGUUACUGAGAUUGCCCACUUUGAGAUUUACGGUGCCGAGAUCGAGUCAGCUGUCCCAGCCACGAAGCUGAGGUGGGUUCCGGGUGUGAACCUGUUAAUGGCUUCCGGGUCUCACCGUGGGCCCUUGGGGAUGACGGGCAACAUCAGACUGUGGGAUGUAAGGUCAGGGAGUGCAGUUUGGGAGGUGAAAGAGAGAGCCGAUUGCUUCUCGGACGUGACCUUCUCGGACCGCCUCUCUGCGAUCUUCAAGGUGGGCGUGGACUCAGGUGAAGUCUCAUACAUGGACUUGAGGAGCCUGGGGACUGAGAGCUCAUGGGUAUGUCUUGGGGAAGGGAAGAGAUCAGCGAGCGGGAAGAAGGAAGGCUUGGGGUGUAGAAUCGAGGGCCACGGGAGUCAAGUCUUUUGCAGUAGAGGAGGGGACAUAGAGCUGUGGUCGGAGGUGGCCGUGAUGGGGUCUUCUUCGGAUAGGAGCGAAAACGGGUUGCAGGGCAGAGUGUUUAGGAAGAACUUGGUGGGAAGAGCGAAGGACAUGGGAGGUGCUAAGAUUACAAGCUUAGCUUUCGGGAACAAGAUGUUUGUUACCCGGAAAGACUUGCAGUUCGUCGAGGUCUGGGAGAGUACUGUUAGUAGAUAAUGAUUUCCGCUCACAUUUGCUUGAGGCAACAUAGGGUACUCUUUUCGGUCGAUAAAGAAGUAGAAUUCAUUGUUUUUACUAGGUCUCGAGUGUCAUUGUACGAGAUAGCAGGAGAUUGCAACCUGCUUCAACCCGGUGAGAAAGAAACACGGGUUGAUUCUUGUACAUAAGCUGUUUGCAAAGGAUUAGUUUGUUAUUUGACGCGAACGUUAUUGGCGAUUUGUUAAACUAUUA